AUGAAUACAUAUAGUCGAUCUCCAUUAGAACCAGUUACUUAAAAUAAAGAAUAUUUUACAUCAUAAUCUUCAUCAAAGGUAAUAACUAGUACAGUUAGACAAUGUACUUCAGUGACCUAAAAUUUAGGAGUAUCUUAAAUGAAAAGAUCAAUGUAAAUAAUUGUGUUUAUUAUAAAAAGGUCUGGAAAUAACAUCUAUUCAUCAUAAAUAAAUAACCCUCCUCCAGCCAGAUAAUAGUUAGGUAAAAACCUUGAUAUAGUUUGUUUUUUGAUGGCUUGCGAAGUAGAAAGAUUUGUGGCUGAAAAUGAUAAACUAAAGUAUAGAAUAAAAGAGAUGGAUGAUAAAUUAUUAGAUAGAAAUAGUUAUGAAAAAUAAAUAGAAGAUUUGUAAGCUAGACUAAUGUAAAUGUAAUAUUAGGAGAGUAUGUACAGGUAAAUUAUAAUUAAAAUGUUUUAAGAUAAGAAGUCGAAAUUACAACUUCUCAAUAUAGUGAAGAAAUAGAGAGUUGGAAAAUUAGAUAUUUUAAUAAUGAGGAAAAAUACAGAAAUGAAAAUGAGUCAUUGAAAUAACAACUUUUAGUUGGAAAUUCAAAGUAAUAAAAAGAAAUAGAUGAUUUAAAGAGUUAAUUAAUAACUUAGAAAUAAAUGAAUGUAAUUGAACAUGAUUAAUUGUAUAUAGGAAAAUGA